AUGCCCCCUGUAAAGCUUCUACUUGUGGGAGCAACCGGUUUCAUUGGAGGAAGUAUCUUACAUGAGCUACUGGAAACAUCAGAAGCACAGAACGCGAAUGUCCAAAUCACCGUUGCUGUACGACAGCCAGACCAAGCAGAAAUCCUUUCUAAAAAGGGAGUCCGAGCAAUUCUGAUUGCCGGACUUGAUGACGCCGAUGGGCUCGAGAAUGCAGCUUCUGACCAUGAUAUUGUGAUAAAUUCUGCGACGGGCCAACACACCGAAGCACCCAAAGCUCUGAUUCGAGGUCUCGGGAAAAGAAAGGAGCAGACUGGGCGGCACGCCAUCACGCCAUCACCGUACCAGCUGAGGAGCUUCUCAGACGAAGAUGACGACCUCUUUGAUUACGAAAAGUCCCGCGCAGAAGAAGACCCUUACGGACAGAGAGUUGCAGAUGUCGUGGUCGUUGAGGAAGGUAUCCGAUUCAACGUGAAAACCUACAUCGUCAUGCCACCCACAGUCUACGGAAAUGGCACGGGACUAUUCAAGAAACAAUCCCAUCAGAUCCCCACUCUGAUAAGAAGCGCCAUCAAAAGUGGUCAUGCUGAGUAUAUCGGUACUGGCGAGUAUCAAUUAGGCCACGUCCACGUCACAGACCUAGCACGUCUGUUUAGCCUGCUAGCCACAAAGGUAGUUGCGGGCGAGACGGCUCCUUCGGGCCGACAGGGCUAUUACUUUACGAACACUGGGAACCAUCAGUGGGUUGGUGUUGCAAAUCUCAUUGGGAAAGCGGGCUUCGGUAUGGGGGUUCUACAAUCGCCAGUUCCGAGGUCUAUAAGCUUGGAAGAAGGAGCUGUUAAGUUUGCGGAUGGAGAUGUGAAAUUCGCGGAGGCUUGCUUUGCAUCAAGUUCGAGCUCCCUACCUCGCAGGGCAUUUGGAUUGGGUUGGAAGCCCAUCCAUACUGAAGACUUCAAGGCCUUGAUUAAAACGACAUUUGAGGAGAUACGCAACGGAGGUGUAUAA